UUUGCUUUUAUUUUAUUAAAAUUAGUUACCUAUGUAUUUAAUUCUUUCCUUUAUGGCCAUUUUUACUCUUUGCUUGCCAUUGAUCUUUCCUUUUUAUUUAUUUUUUCUUACCUACUUAAUUUGCCUCUAUUUUUAUUUAAAGUUUUCUCUCGAGAUUAAAAAUUAAUUUUCAAAUUCUAAAAUAGUCAAAAACAAUUUUUAGAAUUUAUUUUCCACGAGAUAACUUUAAAAUAUUUUAAUUUGUAUAUUACAUGUGCUUUUUAAUUUAAAAAUAUUUUAAUUAAAAAUUAUUUUCUUUUAUUGGAUUUAUCCAAAAUUAAUUCUAUUUAUUUUUAUUCCAAAAUUAAUUUUUUAAUUUCUCAUUACAGAUUAUGCCUUCAAUUAUCUUCUUUUUCAUUCAAUUUUUUCUAAUUAUUUUUGUUAUUUUUACUUCAAGAGUAAAUUCUUCUCAAUAUGAGGAAAUUGAAAAUGGUCUGAAAUUUUUAAUUAAAAAAAUUUCUUUUAAAAACAAAAUUUCAAAUUCAGACGGCAACUUUAAAUGGACACAACAACCCCAAUCUAAACCUCAAUUAAUAACAAACAGAAAAGAUUCUUCAGAAAUUAAUUCAAACGAAGCAAUAUCCUCCUCAUCUUCAAAUGAAUACCAAAUAAAUAAAUCAGCAAUUAAUAAAAGAAAAAAUAAAAAUAGGCCACAAAUUUAUUCUUCUGUUGAAUUUCUUUUUCCUUUACAAGAAGAAGAAAAUAAAAUUAAUGGAAGAUAUGAAGGAAAAUUUAAAAUGAGGAAUGAUACGAGACAAUCACAUAAUAAUUUUCAAGUUUCUACUGUUCCUUUGAUGAGGCUUACAAAGUGA